CCUCGGGUCCUCCUCCCUCCUGCCUUUCACAUGAUCUGUAAGCUCUCACAGAGGAGAGACAGGAAUGUGGAGAGGAGCGUCAGCAGCGAUGGCCGAGCGCGGCCACUUUCCCUCAACAAUGCGUUUAUUUUACACCGUGACCGUCUGGGUGACGCUCAUCCACGGCACCGGCGGAAUUCCCUGGACAGAAGAAAAGCUCCAUCACCGAGCUCUCACUCUAUCACAAGAUGAGGCGCGCACCGCCGUGUCUCACACUGACCUGGGACAGAUGUGGCUGAGGGACUUGAGGCCGCUGCUGGUAACCAGGUAUCCAGGCUCUGCAGGCAGCCAGACCGUGCAGGAGCAUAUCAAAACAACCUUCGCUUCCCUCGGAGCAGGCUGGGAAGUGACGGAGGAUAAGUUUGUGUCACAAACACCCUACGGGCCCCUGUCCUUCACUAACUUAAUUGCCACCCUCAACCCGGCAGCCAAGCGCCGCCUGGUCCUGGCCUGUCACUACGAUUCCAAGUACUACCCACCACAAUGGCACGGGAGGGAGUUCCAAGGGGCCACCGAUUCGGCCGUCCCCUGUGCUAUGAUGUUGGAGCUGGCACGCGCCCUGGAUGAAGAACUGAAAGCUCAGAAGAUUUCCAGUCCCGACCUGACCCUGCAGUUGCUCUUCUUCGAUGGAGAGGAGGCUCUUUUCCAGUGGACCCCCACCGACUCCCUAUAUGGCUCUCGCCACCUGGCCCAGAAGAUGGAGACCACCCCACACCCCGCCGGAGCCACGGACACCAACCAACUCCACGGCAUUGAUCUGUUUGUGUUGUUGGACCUGAUCGGGGCUCCGAGUCCACGUUUUGGCAACCAGUUCCCCACCACAAAGCACUGGCUCUCCAGACUGCAGAGCAUUGAAAAGCGUUUACACUCCAUGAACGAGCUUGUGAAUCAUCCCACCAGUGUAGAAUAUUUCUGGCCGGAUGUACCUGUUGGCCACGUACAAGAUGAUCACUUACCAUUCCUAAACAGAGGUGUGCGCAUCGUCCACCUCAUCCCGUCGCCCUUCCCGUCUGUGUGGCACACGUUUGAUGACAACGAGCAGAACCUGGAUCGCUCCACCAUUCAGAACCUCAACAAGAUCCUGCAGGUUUUUGUCCUGGAGUACCUCAACGUCAGACCAACCGUCGCCUCAACCCAGCAGAACACCCCGUGAAAAAAACCUCAGCCAACCAUUCGACAACUUUUUGAUGUUUCACUGUAAAAUAAAGACCACGGGCUGUUAUGUGAAAGACUGAGAUAAUAGAUUAUUUUUAAUGCUGUAUAAACGCCAACAAUAUCUAUUCCUUGGCCUUAUAAUCGAGACGUGAGGUUGAGGCGCAACCCUGCGCAUCAGAUGGGUGCCAACUGCAGACAUAGAGAAGAUGUGUAGAGAUGCUCGAUGUUGACUACAUGGACUUUUUUUUUUUUUAUUUGAAGAUCUAUGUCUUAACAUGCGUUGGCUCGUGUAUGUAUAUGUUAAAGGUAUUUUCUUGCCAAAUGGGUUCAUAAAUGACUUCAAGACUCCGAAGCUUCAUCUUCCUUUCUAGCCCUUAGCAACAAGAUCAGUACACAGGAUCUCCUGUGUGUGUGGUUUUUUUUAUUUACGACACUGCUCUCUUUAUAUCCACCUCCGCCCCCUCCUUCACACUGUGAGGAGGCAUCUUGGUGUCAAUGCUAAUGUCCAGGGUCUGGUGCUUCAAAGAAAGGGGAAGAGAGCAAUGCAGACAUAAAAAAAGAUAAUAAUAAUUGAUACGCAUUUGAAACGCAUUUCAAAGCUAUUGAUAAUUUCAUUAUGAGUUCGUUUGGGAACAUCCCCGAAGUAAGUGAUCUGUUACGUACUCAAUAUGGCCACAAUAUAUGGCAACAAAACACGUGAGACGCUGUCAGGCCGUGUGUUUCAGCUUCAGGGUACAUGGUAUUUCCUCUCCCACAGUAAAUCUGUUCAGUGUUUAUAGAGAAAACCUGUCAGUGGCAGGAAGUGGGUUUAUUUGUAUUAUAACAACAUCUUAAGCCCUUCAUAUCCUGUCAUCUUAGAUAGUGAAGGGGAUGACUUCCUGUGCUGAUGUAUCAUGUGCCUGUCUUUGUUUGUAUGCCAUUAUUAGCCCCAUUUUUAAAUGUAGAUCCCACAAUAAUAUACAGUGCCCGAACCGGGACUUCCUUUGUUUCGAGACCGAAAUAAAUGUUGAUUCAGAAUAUGAAGGA